ACUCUGGGCAGCUUGACCUACGUGGACCAGCUCAUCCCCAAGAUAAGCGAGACGCUGAAGCUGGACACAGCGCACAAUGGCCCUGCCUCGCCGAGUGCUGCCCCGGGCCCCCCGCCCCUGCGGGUCCUGGCUGCGAUCUCAGUGGAAGAGAACCGGUCCCCAGCUAGGCAGAUGCUGCGAUCUUCUGUGCCUGCAGAGACCGGGGCCCAGGCUCACCCAGGAGCCAUUCGCUGCAUGCUGUGGGAGCGCGGGCGCAUGCGGAGCCGGGCGGCUCCCUACUGCGUGGAGGAGCUCACCGCGGGCGCCAGCGCCCUAUGCCCUAUGUCCGGGCAGCCUGGCCUUGAGGGACCUCCAGUGGCAGGAAAGCCUAGCACCCCGCAGCCUCUUUCAGGCCCAUGCCGUCAGGGUUGGCCCCAGAGCAGAGCCAUGUCCCGCCUUCUGCAAC